AUGGCACCAACUAAGAAAUUAAUCAAUAGACUUAAUGCCAUCGUUGAAUCAUGUGAACAAUUGAAAGAUGAUAGUGAUCAACCGAUUUAUGAAACUUUCAGGAAAUUACCACCCAGAUCAGGAAAUGCCAAUCAUUAUUAUAAAAUCAUUAAACAUCCAGUUUCAUUUCAUGGUAUAAGAAGUAAGAUUAAAACUAGUUAUUCAACACCUCAACAAUUUGUUGAUGAUUUAGCACAAAUGAGUUGGAAUGCUAGAUUUUUCAAUCAAAAAGGAUCAAUCUAUUAUAAUCAUGGUGUUGUUUUAGAUAAAUUUCUCACAUCAGUUGUUAUUCCAAGAUUCAAAAGUGAUAAAGCUAUAGAAGGUGACGUUAAAUAUCCUAAUUUACCUCCAAUAGAAGAUGAUACUAAUUUAUCAAAUGUUUUAUUAUCAGGAGGUUUAAAUAGCAACUCUGGAAUUCAAACCCCUAAUGAUAAUGACGAAGAUUAUAAUGAAGAUGAAGAUUAUGAUGAUUUUACUACUACUACUCCUCAACCAAAUUAUUAUAAUAGAUUACCACCAACUGGUCUUAAAGGUCCAGGGACCGCAGAAACUGGUAUUAAAAGAGGUAGACCACCAAUUGUUGACAGAAUUUUCGAAACCAGAAUCAAGUUGAUUUUAAAGAACUUUAAGAAAUUGAGACAUCCACAAGACCCUGAAAGACCUUUAACUAUUGCUUUUGAUAGAUUACCUGAAAAAUCAGAUAUGAGAUUCUACAAUACAUUCCCUGAUCCUAUGAGUUUAGGAGAAAUAAGAACCAAAUUAAGAUCAAGAAAAUAUAAAAAUACCGAUGAAUUUUUGAAUGAUUUAAAUGAAUUCUUCACCAACUAUUUAAAUUAUUAUCAACAAAUGCCAAAUUCGGCUAUAUAUCAAGAUUUAUUAUUAUUCAAAGAUGAAGCUGAUUCAAUAGUUGAAAAUGAAAUGAAUAAAACUGAUAAAGAGAUUGCUGAAUUAACAUCUGCAGGAGGUGAUGGAGUUAUUAGAUUACCCCUUGAUGAAGUUAAUGUUGGAGUUCAUAAUUAUAAAGUUGGAGAUUGGGUAUUAAUAAAUAACCCAAAUAAUCCUGAAAAACCUACAGUUGGUCAAAUUUUCCGGUUAUGGGUAACUGACAAUAAAGAAUUCAUUAAUGUAUGUUGGUAUUAUAGACCAGAACAAACUAGUCAUAGAGAAGAUAGAUUGUUUUAUAUGAAUGAGGUUUGUAAAACUGGUCAAUAUAGAGAUCAUUUAGCUAAUGAAAUCAUUGGACCUUGUUUUGUUUUAUUCUUAACAAGAUAUCAAAAAGGUGACUUACCAAGAGAUUUCUUACCAGAAAAUUGUCCUUGGUUCAUUUGUGAAUUCAGAUAUAAUGAAACCAAUCAUGUUUUCAAUAGAAUUAGAACUUGGAGAGCUUGUCUUCCUGAUGAAGUUAGAGAUAAUGAAGAUCCUCCAGUUAUUCCAUUGGUUGAACCUCGAAAAUUGAUCAAAUUUGAAUCUCCUAUCAAACACUUAUUACCACCAAAUGCCAAUUACAAUAUGGAAAUCCCUCCAGUUACUGAAGAACUUACAUCACCACCUAAUGUCGGAAGUGUUUAUUCAAGACCUCCAGAUGUUGAUGAUGAUUUAGGUCAAUAUUAUACCAGUCCAAAUAUCACCAGAAGUAAAGAAAAUGAUGAUACAUUACAUGGUCGUAAAGCAUUCAUAUUUACCCCAGUUUCUCAAUCAAAAUCUUUUGGUUAUCCACCAGUUAUAAAUAACAAUUCAAGUUUAACUAACUUCCAGAAUGAAUCAAGCCCUCAACCAAGUUAUUAUUUACCACCAUCCCAACCAAGUUAUUCCCCUUAUAAAUAUAAUAAACCUGAAAGGAAACAACCUACACCAACACCAAAUGCUAAUUUACAUACUUCAACCUCAAACUAUUCAAUGUUAUUACAAGGUGGAAUAAUAAGUUAUGCCAAAGAAGAUGAUAACCAAUUACAAUUAUUAAGUGAUGGUAUAAUUAAAAGACAAAAACUUGAUGGAUCUAAUGAAAUUAUUUGGUUUAGAGGUCCUCCACUUAGUGUUCCACAAAAAAUCGUAUCGACCAAAGAAUUCCCUGUGGGUAAUUCAGCUAAGUAUUUAGCUUGGAAAUCAAAAAGACAACAAUGA